CUACCAUACACAAGCACGUGCAAUCAAGAAUGGCAUCCUGGCGCUCCCCCACUGCACUGCUGCAACUCGUCAACCUAGCGGCCCUCGGUGGAGUGACAAUGUACUUCAAAUCGCACCAUGAGUACAACCUGCAGGAGCACGAAGCGAGAAUGGACGAACUUGAGGGCACUCUACGCGGGCACAUUGGCAUGAUAGAAGAUGCCUUGGAGCGCAUUGAGGGGAAGAAGAUGAAUGAGAAGAGUGAGAAGACGGAGAAGAUGUACUCAAGUCGUGGGAAGGAUGAGAAGAAAUAGCAACACCGACUCAUCAAUCUUGUAAUUUCUGGCAGCGCCCAGCACUGGACAGGUCUUGAUAUCAUUAGAA